AUGGAAGGUGGCUUCGGUUAGGAUUUGGGGGCUUCGGCAGCAGCGGAAACUGGACCCGGGCUCAUCAUGGAGUACGUGAAGGUGCAAAUCGCCGUGGCCAAUGCGCAGGAGCUGCUGCAGAGGAUGACAGACAAGUGUUUCCGGAAGUGUAUCGGAAAGAGAGGGCGCCGCUCCCUGGACAACUCGGAGCAGAAGUGCAUCGCCAUGUGCACGGGCUGUUACAUGGACGCCUGGAACACCGUGUCCCGCGCCUACCACUGGUGGCUGCAGGGGGAGCGAGCCAACAUGUGA